UGUCCUGCCGCUAUGGUCCCCCCGCUGCCGUGUGGAGACACGCUGUCUGGUCUCCAGGAGACCUGCUGACGCGUUUCCGCAGAGCAUACGGGAACGAGUCAAUGAAACUUGUCAAACCUAUCGAUCCUCUCACUAAUUUCUCCAUAUUCUGUCUGCUGGUGCGCAAUGGCCACAUCAAGCGAAUCACCGACAAUGACAUUCAGUCACUGGUGCUGGAGAUUGAAGGAACUAAUGUCAGUACCACGUACAUCACAUGCCCUGCAGACCCAAAGAAGACCCUGGGCAUCAAACUGCCUUUCCUAGUGAUGAUCAUCAAGAACCUGAAGAAAUAUUUCACUUUUGAAGUGCAGGUGCUGGAUGAUAAGAACGUACGCCGGCGUUUCCGGGCGAGUAACUACCAGAGCACGACCCGGGUGAAGCCCUUCAUCUGCACCAUGCCCAUGCGACUGGACGAUGGCUGGAACCAAAUCCAGUUCAACCUGUCGGACUUCACACGGCGGGCUUAUGGGACAAAUUACAUCGAAACCCUGAGAGUCCAGAUCCACGCCAACUGUCGCAUCCGACGGGUGUACUUCUCUGACCGGCUCUACUCAGAGGAUGAGCUCCCAGCUGAGUUCAAGCUGUAUCUGCCUGUCCAGAACAAGGCCAAGCAAUAACACCACGUUGGGAAGAGAUGCAAGAAAUCUUUGGAGUCAGUAGGACAACGAAAGCAGGUGGAAGAGAAGGCCCUGCUGAGACCAAGUUUUAGAUCAGCUCACUUUGAUUAGGGUAACUUUGAUUCAUUUGGUAUCCCUCUUCUGGACAGGACACAAUUAACCAUGUAACAGGUCUGGGACUACGCUCUUGGUGCGCGAAUUGUACAGAAUCAGAGUUUUCCGAGCUGUUCCUAAAGUGCUGAGCCUAAACACUGCAAAUGGCCUGGUACCUGAACUUUUGUUGCUCAAAGUGGCCACUGUGCCUCUCUGCAGAGGAG